UAUUUGUUUUCCCUUAUCAUUCAAGCCUUUAACAAGUAAAAUAAUUUGCAAUCUCCAAACGAUGCCUCGCCGAAGCUCAGGAGGAAGGUCAGCCCCACGUCCUGCUGCUCGUGCGCCAGCGAACAAUGCUCCUUUAAAGCCUGCUAGUUCUGCCCCUCCCCCGGCACCUGUGCAAAAGGGAAAUGGAUUUGGCUCUGCAAUCGUAGAUGGUAUUGGAUGGGGUGCUGGAACUGCUAUGGCUCACAGGGCGGUUGAUGCCAUUGUUGGCCCUCGUGUCAUCAAACACGAGACUGUUGCUUCAUCAGAACCAGCUGCCUAUGCUGCUUCCGCACCAAACAUGAACAAUCUUGUGAACUCGGAUGCUUGUGGCGGUCAAUCCAAAGCUCUAAGUGAUUGUCUGACCAACUAUGGAAGUGACAUUAGCAAAUGCCAAUUCUACAUGGACAUGCUGAAAGAAUGCCGCAGGAGCUCUGGUGCUGCGUUGGAAGCUUGAUAAUUGCAAAGAACGAUUAUCUCAUAUCUAGAUCGUUGCAAUUUAGAUGUUAAUAGGCGUGCCUUUUUUGUUAUUCUAUAUUGCUAUAUUGUUGCAAGUAAUGGGGUUGUUUGAAAAAAACGAACUGUGGUAAACUUAAUUUCUAAGCAGAACCUGAAUGCUUUUUUAAUUGUGGACGCUUCCUUGAUGA